AUGGCCACUCCAGAGAGGGUCCGUAGCUUCGAGCCAUCGGAGUGGGAUGACUUCUUCGUACAACACGAUCCAAAGCUACCCGAGAUAUUUGAAGAGAAAAUGAGAGUGAAAGCUGACAAAUUGAAGGAGGACAUCAACUUGUUGUUCAACAAUACUAUGGUAGAACAAUUGACUUUAUUGGAUGCACUCCAACGUCUUGGAAUAGAUCACCUUUUCCAAGAACAAAUCAACACCGUGAUUAACGAAAUCUACGAGAGUGAAUCCAAUAGUUCUAGCCUCUAUGAGGUUGCUCUUCGAUUUUGCUUGCUUAGAGAGCAUGGACUUUGGAUAUCUCCAGAUGUAUUCAAUAAGUUCAAGGGAGAAGAUGGUAGCUUCAACAAGGAUAUAACUAAUGAACCGAGGGGACUGUUAAGUUUAUACAAUGCAGCUUACCUUUCUGUCAAUGGUGAAUCUGAACUCGAUGAAGCCAUGGCCUUUGCAAGGCACCAUCUUGAAUCUAUGAGUGGCAGUCUUAAAUACCCUUUAUCUGAGCAAGUCAAACGAAGCCUUGAGAUACCAUUACCAAGGACUCUGAGUAGAGUGGAUGCGCCUUAUUACAUUGAGGAAUACAAACAAGAGAAAGCAUGCAACCCCUAUGUGCUAGAACUUGCAAAGCUCGAAUUUAAUCUUCUGCAACGUCUUCACCAGCAAGAGCUCAAGGAUUUUUGUCGGUGGGGAAAUGAUCUAUAUGAAGAAGUGGGACUAAGCUACUCUCGGCAUCGUACCGUUGAAAUAUACCUCUGGUGUUACACAAUACACUAUGAGAAACAAUAUGCACAUGCACGGAUAAUCCUUGCCAAGAUAUGUGUGCUAAUAUCUCUGCUAGAUGACACUUUUGAUAUGCAAGCUACCUUGGAAGAGGGUCGAAAGAUCAACGAAGCGAUACAAAGAUGGGACGAGAGUGCUAUCCCUAUUUUACCAGUGUACUUAAAAAAAUACUAUGUCAAGCUGAUGAAUAUCUUCAGAGAGUUGGAGGACGAACUGAAACAAGAUCACAAGUACCGCAUGGUUUAUUCUAGGAAAGCGAUCCAAACUCUAUGCAGGCAUUACCAACAAGAAUCUGAAUGGUUCCAUAGCAAUUACAUACCAAGCUUUCAAGAUCACAUCAAGAACUCUGUUAUCUCCACAGGUGCUCCAGCUACAUUCGUGACUUCACUCAUUGGUAUGGGCGACGAAGUAACUGAGGAAACAUUCCAGUGGGCCAUUGGUUGCACCGAUGCCGUGAAGGCUUGCAGUGAGGUGGCACGUUUCAUGAAUGACAUGACUGCAUUUCAGCACGGGAAGAACAAACUGGAUGCGGCCAGCUCAGUAGAUAGCUAUAUCAACCAACAUCAUGUCACGGGUGAGGUAGCAAUGGCCGCGGUGGGUAAACUGGUUGAAGAUGCAUGGAAAACUACCAAUCAGGCACGAUUUGACCGUCGUGCUAUGCUCCUGCCUUUAGAACGAAUCAUCAGACUGACCAAGAGCAUGACCUUGAUGUACCGUGGCAAUAUUAACCUGUACACAUUCACAAGUGGCAACAAAGACAAGAUCCAGCAGCAGUUCAUCGAACCUAUCCCACUCUAG